AUGGGGAAACCACGGAUGAUUAUUCUUAUCCGCCAUGCGCAGUCGGAAGGCAACAAGAACCGCGAUAUUCACCAGACAACCCCGGAUCACCGAGUAAAACUCACGCCCGAUGGUUACCGUCAAGCCCAAGAGGCAGGCCGCCGACUACGGGACCUCCUCCGCCCCGAUGAUACCCUUCAUUUCUUUACGUCUCCAUAUCGCCGGACGAGGGAGACCACUGAAGGUAUCCUAGACUCAUUGACUUCAGACGACCCGGAUCCCUCGCCAUUCCCGCGAAACACGAUUCAAGUCUACGAGGAACCCCGGCUACGAGAGCAAGACUUUGGAAACUUCCAGCCAUGUUCGACAGAAAUGGAGCGGAUGUGGAUGGAACGGGCAGACUACGGCCACUUCUUCUACCGCAUACCCAACGGCGAGUCGGCGGCAGACGCAUACGACCGCGUGAGUGGGUUUAACGAGUCUCUGUGGCGACUUUUUGGCGAGGAUGACUUUGCUAGCGUCUGCGUCCUUGUGACACAUGGUCUCAUGACUAGGGUGUUUCUGAUGAAGUGGUACCAUUGGAGUGUAGAGUACUUUGAGGACCUUCGCAACAUCAACCACUGCGAGUUUGUGAUUAUGACCCAUAAUGAAGACAAUGGGAAAUACACACUGCAGAACAAGCUGAGAACUUGGUCCGAUUUACGGAAGGAAAGAGACGCCGAGAAGAAGCGCGAACGUGAGGCGCAAGGGCUGAGUCCUACUCUACCCGCUCCUACGGAGCAUGUCCCCAUGCGGCGAAAAUGGGGUGGCUGCCCCGAUGGAUGUACCCAUGGCCUGUCUGCUGAUGCUAAGAAGUCCCUCCGGGCGAGCAUGUUCGAGACCAUGCGCCAAGAGGAUGACAACAGGGGACGCGCUGAAGCGAAAUCGGCUACAUCGGCUUCCAAAGGGACAGAUCAAGCCUACAGAUCUCAAGCGCACGAUUCAGCCAAUAAUCCCGAUGAGAAUGACGAAAACUCCGACAGUGAUCACGCACAAUCAAAUCCUCGACCCGAGAUCGAGGCCGAAGAAGCAAAAAGAUACAGAACCGGUGACUCCAGUUCCGACGCACGAAAGAACAAUUCUUCGCGGCCUAUCCGACCAGUCAUCCGAGAUCUUCGUCAAGAUAGCGAGGACAAUCUCCUGCACCCAACCGCUGCAUCAUCGUCCACAGCAUGUCUGAAGCUGGCUCUUCUUCACCUAAGAGGCCGCGACGGAGGUGGCUCCAUGAGCGGUGCAAACAGUCUCGCUCCAUCCGACGAUGAGGGAGAAGACAACCACACAACCACACAGUCAAUUUCUAGACAUCUCCAAUCAAAACCUAUAUUGAACCUGCCGUCGCAAAAUGCAGAAGAUGAUGGCGAUGACGAGCUCAGUGCGCACCAUACGGACGAAACGAAACGAGUUCGUUCUCACAAUAAUCAUUACACUCAUCACCAUUACCACCACCACCAUAAUAAUGACUCGCAUGAUCAUGUAUCUCAUCAUCGCUACAGCUCUUCCACAAGUUCAUCGCAGCCGCCGCACCGGAUGGCUAAUAUCCUCGGAGAUGGUGAUGACGUCUCACAACACUCUGACAGUCAUACCCCCGAGUCAAAUUAUAAAGACCCUGAAGCAAAGUCUUCGAACAAGAACCAUAAUGAGGCAGAAGAAAAGGAAAACCUUACACUGGAAGAGCAGCAACGACUUGACCAGAGUGUUCGAGGGAGCAUAUACUGA